AUGACCUCUUCUGACAAGCGAAAAUCGGUGGAAAGCUUGGCAUCUCUUUCCUCGGUUUCUUUGGCAACCCAGCCUUCUUCCUCCAGCCCGUACGAUCCCGGCCGCUUACCCCAGCGAUUGCGCUAUAAUUCGAGGCGGAGCUCGACGGCCAGCUCGAUAACCGGCAUAGGGAGUGUUUUGGACACUUCCCUUCACCAUGGAUGGAUAGCAGAGGCUGGACGCAAUGCAAUAUCUACCCUCCUUCAACAACCUAUUGUUCGUACAGGUCUUCUGCCACAAGCCUCUGCACUUUCAAGCGGAUAUAAACCACCGACCACUCGAGAUAUCCCCCCAGUGGCUCUAACCAACAUCCCAUAUGUGGAAUCCAAGGCAUUCCAACCUUAUAUCUCGCAGGUUGGAUCCUUGUACGAUGCAUUGCGCCGUUCAAAGGAGAAUGGUGAUGAGGGCGAACCACAGCUCCGUCGAGCAAGCAGUAUAACAACAAUAUCUGUAGAUAUAGACCCGCUGUUGAGUAGUCAAUUGGAACAGCGACAUUCCGGUCAACAAACACCGUUGUCAUCCGUCUCUGAAUAUGUGACGCCGAGGAGAAGAUCCUCUGGUCAGAGAGGCCGAGGUCCAGCAAUGGCCCCUCUGUCAACUAUUCCUAACGUUUAUUUCGAUGAGAAUUUCCACCUUGAAAACCCUCGGACAUUUGAUGUCGUUUCUGAACGAUCGGAAGUUGUCCGCUCUCUCCCAAAACCUUCAGAUGAGAAUGCUCCUAAUGGGUCGUUUGAAGCAAGACCGGCAUUCAAUAGAAAGGCUUUGGCAACAAAUGCGAUUCUGCAAGAAAAAUUAUCAUGGUAUCUUGAUACCGUGGAAAUUCACCUUAUUUCCUCCAUUUCUAACGCCUCAACCUCAUUCUUCACAGCUCUCGGUUCUCUGCAAGCUCUCCAUGGAGAAGCAAAAGCUUCAGUUGACAAAAUUCAAGCCCUGCGAAGGGAUUUAGCAAAACUUGAUAAUGACUUGGCUUUGGGUGGUCUCAAGGUGGUAAAUCUCCAGCGCCGGCGAGAAAACGUUAGAAAAUUAGCAGACGCUGUUUGCCAACUCAAGGAAAUAAUAGCAUGUGUAUCUCACUGCGAACAAAUGGCCGAAAAUGGUGAUAUCGAAAAUGCCCUGGAUGAACUGGAUCAUGUUGAAAGACUUACAGCGGGCGAACGGAUCGCCACGAAACGUGAGGAUCGCGGUGGCCAGUCUCAACUUCCGGAGACGCUCAUAGAUCUACGUGGAAUCAAAGCUUUAGAAGGUGCAUCAGACGAUCUGGGCAAACUAAGAUGUCGGAUUGGGAUUGGUUAUGAGCAACGGUUCCUGGAUUGCUUAAUUGGAGACCUCAGACGGCAUGUUGAGAGUCUUCCCCCGGAACUCACAUUGCUACGGCUGGGAGAUGCAUUUCAUCGAUCACGAAGGAUGCAUAGGAAAGCCCCCUCUAGCCUACCGACUUAUAUGACGAUCGAUAAUGAAUUUAGAUCGAGGUUAAAAACAGAGUUGGUUGGGCUUGGUCGAGCGAGAUACACUACACCCGCUGCAACCUCGUACAAAAACUCCGUCUUGCGAGAAAUGAAAAGUUCGAUACGAAGACAUCUGCCCAGUUCAAGCGAUGACGACAAUGAGUCGAUAAUGUCCGCAUCGACCCAUGGGGAUCGCCAGUUGAACCAACAGGAGAAGUCAACAAUCCUAGCGCGCAACCUCCGUGCUCUUGACCCCGAAGAUGCAUACGCCAUGUUAACAAAAAUUUACACCGGCGUUAGCGAAUUCUUACGAAGAUUAAGCAUACAGGUCAAAGUACUUUUGGAUAUUACUAGUGGACUUAGCAGUCCUCCUAAUACUAGCGGGGUGAGAUCCCCUUUACAAAGCCCAAACCUACAUUCUAUAGACGCAUAUGCCCGGUCCGGAACGACGCCAGUGGUAGCACAGGAAGAAAUAAUGGAGAUACUUGAUAUGUCAAGCCUUCUCGGCCAAGCUGUUGACAUAGUGCAGUCACAAAUGGUCAAAAUAUUGAAAAUUCGGUCAGAGCAGACCUCUCAUCUCUCGCUGGAGCAGUUUUUGAAAUAUUUCAGCUUGAACAAACUUUUUGCUGAUGAGUGCGAAGCUAUCUCUGGACGGAGCGGUUCGGCUUUGAAAAAUGUCGUUGAUAGCCAAAUACGGGACUUCAUUUCCAAUUUUGGUGAUAGCAGGAAACAUCGGCUAGUUCAAGUGAUGGAUUCAGAUAGGUGGGAUGCCAAAGACUUUGGUGACGAGCAGAAUGCCCUUCUUUCACGAAUACUCCAAGCAAGUACGCAAGACAUCGAUCUGUGGGCUUCAACCUCAAGGGUAUGGGAGUCAGAUCAUAGCGGCCAGGAAACAACGGCGACUCUAGAUAGUCCUGAAGUAAAUGGAAACGGAGUAACCGACAGUGGGAAAGAUAAAGUUCGAAGCGCAAUAGUGGAUGAACAGAAAUAUAUUCUGCCACAAUCUGCUCUUCUGAUUUUGGAAAUUAUUGACGAAUUCCAACAUCUAAUGACGGGCAUCCCGAGCAUGGUGCAGGACAUAGCAUUUAAUUUCCUCGAAUGCCUCAAGCUAUUCAACUCCCGCUCCUCCCAACUUAUCCUUGGCGCUGGUGCCACGAGAAGUGCCGGUUUGAAGAAUAUCACAACGAAACACUUGGCUCUUGCUUCCCAGGCUUUAAGUUUUAUCAUUGCGCUUAUUCCUCAUGUUCGUGAAUUCAUCCGCAGGCAUUAUACCUCUACCACCACCCUGAUGGCUGAGUUUGAUAAAGUUAAGCGACUGUGUCAGGAACACCAGUCAGGCAUCCAUGAAAAGUUAGUUGAUAUCAUGAGCUCCCGCGCCACGAUUCACGUCAAUGCGAUGAAGAAGAUUGAUUGGGAUGCACAGCAGGACACUGCUUCCGUCAGCCAGUACAUGAAGACAUUGACGAAAGAGACUGGCACCCUCCAGCGAGUCCUGACAAAGCAUCUACCUGAAAUGACCGUGAUGAUGAUCAUGGACCCUGUUUUCAAAAGUUACAGAGAUCAGUGGACAAAGGCGUUCCAGGCAGCUACUUUGAAAACUGAGAGCGGUAAACAACGAAUGGUUUCCGACGUCGAGUAUUUCAAAGCUAAGAUUGAUAAAAUCGAUGGUUCCGGUGAUCUAGGCGACCACCUUGUCGAAGUAGUCAAGUCCAAGUCCGUCACGUCACCGCCCAAGCCCGAUUCACCACUGCCACCAGCAGAGGCUCAGCCCGCGGAAUCUUCCCCUCAACAAGGGGAUAAAAAUGGAGCACCAAUUCCGGACCAGGAGUCGUGA